UGAAGUGACAUGCUCUGGAUUUAGGGGAAACUAUCGGAGGAGGGAGCAGCACUUUAUACUUUUGAGAGAUCUUUGGACUUGUUGCCAGAUGACUUAAAAGUAAACAGUUUUUGGAUCGAUGGGCAAUUCAAUUUUUCUGGUUCGGUAUCUAUGACUCCAAAGUCUGUCUCUCUGUGUGUUUUUUUUUUUUUUGGUCUGAGAUCAUGCCACGUUUGAGCUCACGCCUGUGAUGCGCUGCGUAAACCUUCAUCCAGUUCGUGCGUAAAAGCUACCCAAAGUUGUUUUCCCUUAUUCGGCAGAUUUUUUUCCUUUUCUUUCUCUUAAUCAUUAUUGCCCAAAUCCUCUGUGGUAUAGUCUUUGCUCAGCCCCCCCCCCCUUUUCAGCCCUGCUGUCCUCCGGCCCGCCCCAGCAUGCUGGACUGACUGUCUGAGGAAUGGCAUCGGCUGUGUUUGAGGGCACGUCGCUGGUCAACAUGUUUGUCCGGGACUGCUGGGUCAACGGGAUCCGGAGACUCAUCAUCAGCCAGCGGGGAGAGGAAGAGGAGUUCUUCGAGAUCAGGACGGAGUGGUCGGACAGGAACAUUUUAUACUUGCACCGCAGUUACGCGGAUCUGGGGAGGCUGCUCAAGAGACUGCUGGAGUCCUUCCCCGAGGACCGGAGAGAGCUGUCCAAGUGUCCUCUGAUAGAAGGGCUGGUACAAAUCAAAGAGGCAAGCGAUAUUGAGGAGAAACUGAACGAGGUAGAACAACUACUGAAGAAUGUCAUCAACAUGCCGUGCAAGUAUUCCAGGUCUGAGGUGAUGCUGACUUUCUUUGAGCGGUCGCCUCUGGACCAGGUGCUGAGGAACGACAAAGUCCACAGAAUCCAGCCGUGCUUCCAGAGUCCAAUCAAAAUAUCUGAAAUCAUGCGGUCAAACGGAUUCUGUCUGGCCAACACAGAAACCAUCGUAUUUGAUCACAGUAUCCCAGAAGAAAAAGAGAGACCCUCCUCCACCGACUCUGUGGAACAUACGUAUGAGGAUGGAACAGAUUUGGAAUGGAAGAUGGAAGCAGACCUGUGUGAAGAGGAAACAGAAGCGUAUGUCACCAACCUCUCCUACUACCAUCUGGUCCCAUUUGAAACUGACAUCCUGGAAUGAACAACUGAUGCCUGUUGAUGGACAUCUGUCGCUGCCACAGAGGAAUAUGUUCUCUUAAAUGGAACCUGGCUAUGCAACGCUGCACUUAAGCUGCUCCAAGUAAAUGCUGCUCAUCCUGAUAAACUCCAGGAGUUGCUUGUGGCCCGUUUAUGGAGUCGGGCAGAUGUACAUUAUGCAUUAAACUGCAGCACCACUUUUUUCCCGCUUUAAGUGACAUCACCAGCGUGCCUCAUUCAGAGCCUUACGAGAGUGUGUCAAGUAGAAACAUGACGGGAUUGUCUGUAUUGUGACUGCAGAGGGUUUUCACGUUUUUCACGCAACCUGUGGCAGCAAAAAUGAAGCUCCUUCAGUCCUGAAGCAGAUGCAAACAGCUGGAGAGGUUUCAAAACAUGCAGCUCAGUCCCUUCAGAAUAAUUCAUCAAAGAGGGGAGAAGUCAACACAUGAACCUGAACUUGGAGUCACAUUUACAGUAUUGGACCUUUCACUGUUACUAAAAAAAUGUAGCUGAAUCAACCAGCACUUUGUCUUUUAUCUAUCUCAAUUGUCUUAUAUUUCGCGUUGUCCGUCCAUGAAGGCAUCGUCCCGGUUUGCCUGGAGAAAUGUCCUGUUGUCCUCUCAUUUAAACGGGCUCUCUGUCCACAGUGUUACCGCUUUGGUGUUUUAAUCCUGCCGAAAUACAGGAAGCUGUCACGAAGCUUUGCAUAUGAUAUUUGUUUACGGUGCGAUUUCCACCAGCGUGUAGCAACUUUUUUGUUUGUAAAAUAUCAGCUUAAAACUCGUGGGAUGAUUCCUGUUUUGUUGCUGUGAUAUUUAGUCUUUGGCUCUGAGAGAAAGUUAAAAGAAUAAAGGUCAUAGGGGCAAAUUUUGUCAAAUCUUCUUGUUUUAGCAAAAAACUAACACUUGAUGGUCAAUCAAGCGAGAAUAAUGUUUAUGCGUGUUUCAUUUUGUUCUUGGAUUACUAUCAAAUCAGAGAAAAUAAAUAUUAAGACAUUAUCAAUUCUGUUACAACUUUCCAAAGUGAGAACUUGAUGCUGCCUUUUUUGAAUGUCUGUGAUAUUUUUUUAGGAGGUUUUGUCUGAAUAAUAAAUUAGAAUGUACUAUGCGUUUGUAAUGUAGCUUGUCUAACGUUGCUUCUUUUAUGUUUAUAAAGAAAAAUAGUUUGAAAUACCAGAGCAGAGAAAGUUUGUUGCAAUGUGUUGACAACUGGAUCGUCUCACUUCUGUUGUUGCCAUGUGAUGAGUGAUGAAAUAGGGCAAAGAAUGCUUUGUUUUAUGGGUCAUCUGAGGUCAUAUCUGUGAGGUGACGUGUGUGGGUCCAGUUAGACAGAUGACUGUAGUCUUUAGUGAAUGUGGGAGUCUGCAGCUCGGCCUGCAAUGGGGGAACAAGUCCACUCUUUAUCUUAUAAGAACACAAACGAUCUUGCUGUACUAAAACUUUCAAUAGAAAAAAAAGUGUGUGAAAUAAUCAAACACUUGAUUAAAGGUCAUUCUCUUAGUACGUUUUUUUGGGUAACUUUCACUUCUCUUAGCGCCUGGUUUAAACUGUGGCUCUUAGCAGAGCAUUACAUGAGUUUUGAAUGCAAGUGAAAGGCAAAACAAAAUGUAUAUUUGUGUCCAGUAACUUUAAGGAUGUCCUUUUGUAUUCAUUGUUUUAACAGUUUUGUCAAUGUAGAAGUCAUUGUGGCCUUACAAUGUGGGCUAACAGCUUGCGUCCACUUUCCUGCCCCCUCCCAACACAAAAGGCAUUCAACCCUCACAAACUUGGCACACGGGGCUUCGACGGGACGAUCCUCCACAUGAGUCUAUUUAGUAACACAGUCAUGAUCACCAUUCACCCCAUGAGAAAGUACAGCUCUUUCUCACGGUGUGAAACUAUUUCACGCUACUUUUUGUUUUUCUCUUCUCUCCAUGAAUGAGGUCUAGAAUUUGAAGAUAUUCUUUGGAUAUAAAAGUUCCAGUUGAAAAAGUUCCAGCAUACUUAAUGGUAAUGAUUAAUAUAUUUCAAUAGAAGGAAACUGGAAUUUAAAUUUGCAUACCUUGGUUAAUUUUCUCUCUUUCAGAUAAUUCAUGUUUAUUAAAUGUUGUAUGAGUUCAUAUUUCAAAUAUCUAAGACCUUUGUCUAUCUUAGGACCCUUUGCAGGCUGGAGUAACGCAUUAUUAAUAUUCUGCAGUCUCUGCGUUGUUAUGACAAAAACGACUUAUUUAUAAAACUUAUCAAUAAGCCCAUCACGCCAGCAUAGUUAAGAGGAGUCAGUGGAGCACAAUGUGACAGAUAAUAUGAAAAUAAUAUUAAACAAAAUAUUUUAUUUAUUUUGUAAACUUCUGCCACACUCUGUGAAGCUAACCAUUUUAUGACUUGUAACUUUUUUUUUUAUGUGCUCAUGUGUGAUGUGAGAUUUUGUUUGUUUAUAUUUGACAAAAGGCUUGAAUGAAGAUAAUAUUAAUUAUAACCUUUUGAAAAUGUAGUUCAUGUGGUAAGAUGUUUGAUUAUUUUAAAGCUAUUCAGACAGUAUUAGAUACAAAUUAUUAUUCUCAAAGCAAAAUAAAUAUGUUUCCAAUAAAAAAAC